CGUCUCCAUCCAAGUUCAAUUUUGUGUCCACCCAAGUUCAGUUCUCCAUCCCAGUUCAAUUUCUUCUCCAUCCCAGUUCAAUUUCGUCUCCAUCUAAGCUCAUUUCCCAUCUUCCAUCAUUGCAGGUUAUAGGAUGUUUAGGAGAUCAAAAUCGUGCGACUCGUACCUCGACAAAGUCAGUCUGUGUUCUUUCGAAUACGGUCGAGCCAUUCGGUUCGUUGACAAUGUCUGUAUCACUGACAGAUUAGAGCCUUUGAUUUAUAAAGUUCCGAGGGUAAAGGAAGGUCUGCCGGAAGGGAGCAUCGAUAACUUGCUGAACGAUGGCAUACGGAACCAGAAGUUGGCGGACAAUCUGUGCUACCAGGAGUUGGCAUCACAGUCGGACCUCAGGAAGCAAGCGGAGCAGGAAGAUUACAAAGUAUCACCGAAAGAAGUGUAUGAAGCGCUGUUAGUGGAUCACUCCGUCCUGAACAUGGAAUUCAAGAAAAAAUUAAAGGAAUAUCGGAUUGACCUGAACGUGAAGCAGUCGGCUUGGGAAAAACUCAACACGGAAACCUUCCUUCCAAUGCUCACAGCUUUAAUGUAUACUUGGCUCGAGCACCUGAAGUUGCCUGUCCUAGAUGUCGAUGCCCUGUCCUAUAUUGUUCUCGCAUCGCAUAAGCCCGAAGUCUGUCUCAGGAAACUUGAUAAGGAGAUACGUUACACGCUGGAGUACUUACUGCGAUUCGUGGCAAGGCUCCACCCUCUGAGUAGAGCCCACCAGGAGAUGAUUCUGCGUAGGUUUAUGGCUUCGUUGACCCAACAGGCAGUGCCUGUCAGGGGGACACUUUUACCCGCUGGGAAAGGAUACACCAAACUGAGAGAAGGAACCCUUCGGAAAGUGACCGAGUUCAUCCAGAAGUUCUUCGAGCUCGUUUACAUGGAGACCAGAUCGGACAGCGCCGUUUCAGCCUCCUCCUCGACCACCGAGUACGAAGCCAGAAUCACUCCUCCGGGACAAGUCAGCACCCCCCCUCCGCAGGAGCCCGAGGACACGGUCAUGGCGGAAGAAGAAGAAGAGGAGUCUUAGGAGAUCGAUGAAAGGGGCCCUUCGAUAGGCCUAUGAUUUUUUUGCCCGGUUUUUUUGCAGUCUUUGUAUGUGGAAUCGGUGUCAUACGAGACCGUGAUUGGUCCUCGUGAUUUGGAUGUAUUUGUGAAUACAUCUGUUUCUCCCGCGUUUGGUCUGAGACCUAUACGAAGCCAAUCCUUCUCACUGUAAAUAUGGCCCUAGUACGGCUUACAUCGUCGAGAAAUAGGCUUAUUAAGAGAGAAGUGCAUUUGGGUGUUAUCCUUUGCAAAUGGACCUCUCAUCAAUAUCGGUUUUAGAUACAUCCUCACCAGAAGAUUCUUCUGUCAGUGUUAUCCGUCCAGCGCAUGCGCGUAUCCGUCCACCGGCGCAAUGUUGCAAUUGCUCUUACACAAACACACACACACAUACGAGACACAAGGCUUAUUUUCCAUAAGGCCACACACAGAGAAUUCAGUACUAUUCUCUUACACUUUUCCCUCUUAAAAAAAUCAUUGUUUCUGGUCACUUUAGUUCUAAGACUCAGAAGGAUCGGUCUAGAGCACAUGAAGUGGUCUAGAUGCUUCUCCUGCUUUCACAUCUCAUAAUCUCCUCCUCCCCCGCUUCUCCCACCUCCAACACUCACCAUCAUACUAUCACCUCCCUUCACUUCCACAUUCACAUCCACAUCACUUACCUUCAUGCUUCCACUUGAAUAUACGGAUCUCACCUUCGAGUUUGACCUGAAAGUCAUAAAAAGUUUGACCUGAAAGUCAUAAAACUAAGUCACUUCAUAAUAUUGUGCAUAAACACUUCGUAGAAAGGAAGAACAGUUUUAAAUACAGCUGCUUGUCAUCAGUUUUUAUGUGCAUAUUUAUUCUGUGCUAAGAUGUCAUACAGUAUACUUCCAUAAGACAGGUGAUCUAACCAUACAUUUAUAUGAAAAGGCAUUACCGAUAAAUUCGAGUUACUGUUCUAUGUAUCGCCUAAGAUAUAUCUCUCUGUCAUCAUGACAGAUUUUAACCAAAGGAUAUUUCUUUACCUAGUCAUAACUUUUAGGGAAAUUUUUAUCCUCAUCUUGUAGCAGCUUUGCAUCGAAGGAUGUUACAAGCUAAAAUUCCAAAACUAAAUUAUUAUGAAGUCCAUUUCAUUGGAAAUAGAUAUUUUGUAAAGAGCAGUUAUGCAAUCAGAAAAAAAGGCACUUUACUAGCACUACCAAUUCCGUCCACAAUCCGCUUAUUUCAAUAUAUCAAGUGCAUUCACAAGCACUUAUUGUUAGGCGUAGUAGAACUCGACAGCAAACCGCAGUGCCUGUAUAUAACCGUCCAUGUGUCAUACAUUGUUUCUGUGUUACAACAUGUAGUAAUACAUGAGAAUACAAUUAGUCUGUGGUGCCACUAAAUGUUGCUAUAUUUUGCAUUUUGCAGAAAGAAACCUUUGCCAAGACUCCCUUUUUAUUUUGUAGUGAUAUUUUGUAUAUGGUUAGGUAAUAUACGCAUAUAUAUAUAUAUAUAUAUAUAUAUAUAUAUAUAUAUAUAUAUAUAUAUAUACACGCAUUAAGGUCACAUUUCUUGAAAACGAGCCACUUUCUCUCUCUCUCUCUCUCUCUCUCUCUCUCUCUCAGCUCAUAUAUUUUAGGGUUACCAGGUCCACUACUAAGGAUUUAGUCUUCAGAAACUUAUUGUUUUAAAAUCUGUAGAACUUAUUACAAUGUGUUUAGAAAUAAGUUCACUUAUAACAGCUUUUUGGUUCGCCUUACGUUUUAACGUAAGUGUCCUAUUUUGCAAAACUAUUUUAUUCACUGCAUAAAAAAGGAAGUCACCACUGAGAUUAUAAUUGUGUACUCUAUAGAAAAUAUUUUUCCAAAGGGGAUUUGUUAUCGUUGGUACUCUUCUGACAAGGAACUUCCUCAUCUGGGCUGAUUUUGGUAAAUUUGUAGACUGUUGUACCCCUCCUGAAAUGCACAAAUUAGGUUAAGGUUUAUGAAGUUCUUGUUGCUUUCUACUGGAAGUUAAGACCUGUCAUUUUCCCUUGGCAAUUAUAAAAGGCUUCGAUCUGUGAGGAGUCCUCUCGUUUCCCGCUAUUUUUUAACUCAAGAUCUUGUCACCAGAUGACGCAGUAUUCGCUGUGAGAUCCCGACACAAGCCUCGUACGACCGUGAAGAAAA